UCCAAAUAACCUCAAAGAAGAAGAAGCCUCUGUCUGUGGAUGCAGUUUUUGUACUCUGCUUAGCUAAAUACAUUUAUAUCUGUUUCUUAGCUAGUUUAGAAAAAUGGCAGCGAGGUAUGAUCGUGCUAUAACCGUUUUCUCUCCUGAUGGUCAUCUUUUUCAAGUGGAAUAUGCUCAGGAGGCAGUGAAGAAGGGUUCCACGGCUGUUGGAAUCCGGGGUAAAGACAUUGUCGUUCUGGGUGUAGAGAAAAAGUCUGUAGCCAAGCUGCAAGAAGAGAGAACAGUUAGAAAGAUCUGUGCCCUGGAUGAGCAUGUGUGUAUGGCUUUUGCAGGUCUCACAGCUGAUGCAAGGAUCGUCAUUAACAGAGCAAGAGUGGAGUGCCAGAGUCACAGACUGACUGUAGAGGACCCUGUUACUGUAGAAUACAUAACGCGUUACAUUGCUACACUUAAACAGCGCUACACCCAGAGUAAUGGACGGCGGCCAUUCGGCAUCUCUGCCCUAAUCGUGGGUUUUGACUAUGACGGGACUCCACGUCUGUAUCAGACCGACCCUUCAGGGACAUACCACGCAUGGAAGGCAAACGCUAUUGGACGCAGCGCCAAAACUGUGCGUGAGUUUCUCGAGAAGAACUACACAGAGGAAGCCAUUGCUAGUGACAACGAUGCCAUCAAACUGGCUAUUAAAGCCUUACUGGAGGUUGUCCAGUCUGGUGGAAAGAAUAUUGAGCUGGCUGUGAUUAGGAGGAACCAGCCUCUUAAGAUCCUAGAGUCCAAAGAGAUCGAGACACUGGUUGCCGAAAUUGAGAAGGAGAAAGAGGAGGAAGCUGAGAAGAAGAAGCAAAAGAAGUCUUCGUAGGUCAUAGACACACUCAAGCUAACUUCAGUAUGCCAUUGUUAGGUUUUUGUUUUUCUUUUUAUACUGGCACAAGCACUUGCUCAACAGUUUGCCUCAACCAGGUCUCACUUCAUGCACCAUCGAUAUUUCUCAAAACCUCACUGGGAGUAUUAGAUUUAUAAUAAAAUCUCCUUUCAUUACAGCACUAGUGUUUGAAAUUAUUUUUUUCCCUCAAAUAUCUUUAAUGAUCUGCUUCUUGUGCAGAUGAAACAUGUUUCAGAUUCAAAUCUACGUUUUAAUUGAAUAUAAUGACCAUGUCCGUACCUUCCAAAGACAGGGACAGGCAUUUAUAAAAGCAUUUACCGCCGACGCUGUGACGUCGCCUUCAUGUUACAGAUGAGGAUUUUUCUAAGGAUGUUAUCAAGCUAACACACUCAAAUAAAGUAUUGUGCUCUGUAUUA